GUUUGUGCUGCUGUCAGAAUACUAGUCCAGAGCCGACAGCGCCACCGACACCGAACAGCAUCGUCCAGAGCCGAGAACAACAACAGUAGCAAAAAACGGAUCAAAUAUGAUUUAAGGAGCGGCUUGGGUGUUGGCGGCAAAAGGGAACGCCGUUAUCCUCUUUAUUUUUACCGAUUUCGAAUCCUCCCAGUAAUGGCUGGGGUCCAUGGCUCCGGCUGCUGAGCGGCAGGUGUAAUGUGGAGGACAUAUUUCUCAACCGUUAUGUAUUCAACUACGGUCGAUACACUGGUAGGUAAGGACGGAACCGACUGCUACCGGAAUUGGAUGUUGCUGUCGCGAGGAAGGCUGUAGCUGGGUGCGUCGUUCCGUCCCCGAGGCUGCGGUGCAGCAGUGGUUGUCGGCUCGAGAAGGGCGGUGUCUCUAACCCCCUGUAAAUAGCCUAUAUAUAUUUUUUUGUGAAUUAAAAUGUCUCAGUAUAAUUUAGUAGUUCAAGGUUAGAAAUCCUAACUGCCAAACAUGGAUACCACCCAAAUGAUAACAAUCUUUGAAAUCUUUCGGGAUAUGCAAUGACACAGGAGAAGUUUUAUUGAUGAUUAAUCCGAACAGAUUAUAAUUUCAAUGAUUAGUAUUUUCUCUCGUUUUGGUAAGCGUGUUUUAUAACUGUAGGCCUAUCUAAGCAACAUCAUCUCACAUCUGGUAUCGGACCCAGGCCUCAUUUUGCCAAGAUGAUGGAAAUCGAUGAGGUUGUCUAUCAGGACGACUAUGGCUCGGUGUCUGUUAUGUCGGAGCGGGUGUCGGCCCUGGCCAACAGCAUCUACCGCGAGUUUGAGCGCCUCAUCAGCAGCUACGACGAGGAAGUGGUCAAGGAGCUCAUGCCGCUGGUGGUGAACGUUCUGGAGAAUCUGGAUUCGGUUUUAACGGAGAACCAGGAGCACGAGGUGGAGCUCGAGCUACUGAAAGAGGACAACGAGCAGCUCAUCACCCAGUACGAGCGUGAGAAGGCGCUGCGCAAGCAGGCAGAGGAGAAAUUCAUAGAGUUUGAGGAUGCAUUGGAGGGGGAGAAGAAGGACUUGCAGACUCAUGUGGAGAGCUUGGAACUGCAGGGGAAACAGCUGGAGCUCAAGACCAAGAACUACUCUGACCAGAUCACUCGUCUGGAGGAGCAUGAGUCAGACAUGAAGAAGGAGUACAAUACUUUGUACCAGCGACACACAGAGAUGAUUCAAACAUACAUGGAGCAUAUUGAGAGGUCCAAGCUGCAACAGGCAGGGAACAACAGCCAGUCAGAAGGGCCAGGCAGUGGACGAACUCAACGCCACAUGUGGAGGAAAAGCAGCAAAGUGGAGCGUCCCCCGUCGUUGAGCCUGUACCCCAGUGGAGAGGGCAUGGGGAUGGAGGAUGGUUCCGAGUCGGACUCAGUGGCGGCCACGCCCAGUAGCACAGGAAGUAAGUCCAACACGCCCACUUCCUCCGUCCCUUCCGCCAUCGUCACGCCCCUCAACGAGGGCUUCCUCCCACCUGGCGAGUUUGACCCAAUGCAUGCUGUAAACCGCGGCAUGAAGAGUGCUAAACACCUCAGCAAAAACAUGGAGGUGCAUGUCUCCCAGAAAGCCAGGAAUGUCAGCAUCGGUAUGGGUAGCAGUGACGAGUGGUCAGAAUUCCAAGAGAUCAUCGAUUCCACACCAGAGCUGGAUAUGUGUGUGGACCCCCGUCUCUAUGGUGGAGGAAACAGUCCUUCCCAGGGCAUCGUGAACGAGGCAUUCGGUAUCAACACAGACUCUCUCUACCAUGAGAUCAAGGAUGCCAAGUCUGACAUCAUCGGGGAUGUUGACGCCGGGGCUGAGCUUUUAGGGGAGUUCUCAGUCCGUGAUGAUUUCUUCGGGAUGGGCAAGGAGGUGGAGAAUCUGCUGACAGAGAACAAACAUCUUCUGGAGACCAAAAAUGCUCUGAACAUUGUGAAGAAUGACCUGAUAGCCAAAGUGGACGAGCUCUCAGGGGACCAUGAGGCGCUGAGAGAGGAACUGGAGGCCCUUAGGACCGCCAAGAACAAAGUAGACACAAAGGUUAAAGAACUGGAAGAAGAGCUGAAGAGGUUGAGAGCAGAGGCUCUGACUCUGGGAGCAUCUCAGGACUCCAAGGAUGAAGGAGGAGAAGAUUACUCGUCUCCGAUGGUGGAUGGGGAUGUGACCAUGACGCAGCGUCGGCGUUUCACACGGGUGGAGAUGGCCAGGGUCCUGAUGGAGAGGAACCAGUACAAGGAGAGACUAAUGGAACUACAGGAGGCCGUCCGGUGGACAGAGAUGAUCAGGGCAUCCAGGGAGAGUCCUCAGAUGCAGGAGAAGAAGAAAUCCACCAUCUGGCAGUUUUUCGCCCGUCUGUUCAGUUCCUCGGCCAGUCCUCCGCCAGUCAAGCGUCCGUACUACAGCGUCAACAUCCACUACAAGUCCCCGUCCCCUGCAGGCUUCCCCCAGAGACGCAGCCACACCAUGUGUCAGAUCUCCACCUCAAACCGAACCCUGGAGUUUUUCCCAGAAGAACUGGCCAGUAAUGGUGUUGCGUCUCUCCUUAGCGACUCUGCGCUGUCGGCUCGUCGUGAGCAGCGCCGUGAACAGUACCGGCAGGUCCGAGAGCACAUGCGCCGCGAUGACGGCAUCAUGCAGGCCUGCGGCUGGAGCGUACCGCCACGCUUCAAACAGACUGGUGCUCAGCUGGACAGUGCACUGGAAGGCCCGCUGAAGAAACAACAGGCCAAUGAGAAGGAGGACAACCGCAUGAAGAAUGUCCCUGUUCCUGUCUACUGUCGUCCCCUAGUAGAGAAGGACCCCAACAGGAAGUUGUGGUGUGCGGCGGGCGUGGACCUGACGGGAUGGAAGAGGUGCACUCAGGAAGUGAUGACAGUUAAGGCUGGCCCCGGCAACAGCGUUACGAAUCCUCUAGCCAUUGAGGAGGGAGAGGGAGGAGACGGCAAGAGCAACCACAGCUCACCAGAGAAGAGAAAGUCUAAGGAGCUCCAUGAAACAGACACUAUGAGUAGCAGAGUCUGGAUCCUGACCAGUACCCACUCGGCCAGCAAGGUGGUCAUCAUUGAUGCCAACCAGCCCGGCUCGUUGGUCGACCAGUUCAACGUCUGCAAUGCCCACGUGCUCUGCAUCUCCAGCGUGCCAGCGGCCAGUGAGAGUGACUACCCGGCGGGUGAGAUCGUGCUGGACCCUGGGGAGGGUGGUGGUGAGGAGACAGGCGGGGUGGAGGGCAUGCUAGCAGGCAUCACCCUGGUGGGCUGUGCCACCAACUGUAGCGUGGUCCGCAGCAACUGCUCCUCGCGCACCGACACACCCGUACUGGACCGGGGACAAGCCCCCAUGGCUCCACCACUCAGUGGGAAGCUGCAUCCGGCCCAGUCAGCAGAGGAGGCCACAGAGGCUACAGAGGUGGCUGAGCCGGCCGCCAGCGAGACAGACGGCACCUUGGGACCUCCAGGGCCCUUCAUGGAGCACGUCUUCACAGACCCCCAGCCUCCGGUGGUUGAUGCUGGCAAAUACGACCGGUGUGCAGGUCAGUUAAAAGAGGAGUCUAACUCCCCACCCCAGGAGACGGAGGAUGGAAACGACGACCCCAAAGCUGGCACCAGCGUCGUCCCCACCAUGUGGCUGGGAGCACAAAAUGGCUGGCUUUACGUCCAUUCGGCAGUGGCCAACUGGAAGAAGUGUCUCCACUCCAUCAAACUGAAGGACUCUGUGCUCAGUCUAGUGCAUGUGAAGGGUCGUGUGCUGGUGGCUCUGGCAGACGGGACACUGGCUAUCUUCCACAGAUCUGAGGACGGGCAGUGGGACCUGUCAAACUACCACCUGAUGGACCUGGGUAGACCGCACCACUCUAUCCGCUGCAUGGCCAUGGUCCAUGACAAGGUGUGGUGUGGCUACAAGAACAAGAUCCACGUCAUCCAGCCCAAGAGCAUGCAGAUAGAGAAGUCCUUUGACGCCCACCCUCGCAGGGAGAGCCAGGUGAGGCAGCUGGCGUGGAUCGGGGAUGGGGUGUGGGUGUCAAUCCGUCUGGACUCCACGCUGCGUCUCUACCAUGCCCUCACACACCAGCACCUACAGGAUGUCGAUAUUGAACCUUACGUCAGCAAGAUGUUGGGUACUGGCAAGCUGGGCUUCUCCUUUGUGCGAAUAACAGCCCUUCUUAUUGGUGGAAACCGCCUGUGGGUGGGGACUGGGAAUGGUGUGGUCAUCUCCAUACCACUGACAGAGACGGUAGUCCUUCAUCGGGGACAGCUCCUAGGUCUGAGGGCCAAUAAGGUGUCUCCGACGUCGUCCGGCGGCGUGUCCGGGGGUGUUAUUCAUGUGUAUGCGGACGACAACCCAGAGAAAAGCAGCGGCAGCUUCAUUCCAUACUGCUCCAUGGCCCAGGCUCAGCUCUGUUUCCAUGGACACCGAGAUGCCGUCAAGUUCUUUGUCUCUGUGCCAGGCAAUGUGUUGGCCACCCUAAAUGGUAGUGUGCUGGACAGCCCGUCAGAGGGUCAGGGGUCCUCGGCACAGCCGGAGGCUGAGGCUCAGAGCAUACAGAACGUUCUGGUGCUGAGUGGAGGGGAGGGCUACAUCGACUUCCGCAUCGGUGAUGGCGAGGACGACGAGACAGAGGAAGGGGAGGUGCCGGGGGGCGCCCCGCAGAUGAAGCCUGCCGUGUGCAAAGCCGAGCGGAGCCAUAUUAUUGUGUGGCAGGUGUCCUACAUCCCCGUUUGACACUCCUACCCUGAAGGGUUACCUUGCAUCCCCCUGUCCCCCCUUCUUGCGCCCAGAUUAUCACCCCCUUCCCCCAUCCUAAAACUAACCCACCCUACCCACCCUACCCACCCCUCCCUGCCCCUGUAUCUACCCCUGGUCAUGAUGUAACUAUCCCUAGGCUUGGGAAUGACCCCUCAGCCCCUGUAUGUACUAUUACACCCCUUUAAACUAUCGAUAUCCCCCAAAAACCUUGUAACUACCUAUUGCCUUGUAAGUAUCACUCCCCCAGUCCAGUAACUUUCCAAAUACCUUGACUAUGACUACCCCCUUCCCCGCCCUGUUUUUUGCCGCUUCUACCAAUGUAAUUAUUUUCCCCCACCAUGAGCCUUGUAACUACCCCUGCCUCCUAACUACCUCUGCUACCCUGUAUCUACUCCCUAAAGCCUGGAGUGUGUCUUAAAUGGCACCCUAGUCCAUAUGGUGCAUUACUUUUGAUCAGGGCCCAUAUGGUGCUGGACAAAACUAAUGCACUAUAUUAGGAAUAGAGUGCUGUUUCAGACAAACCUGUAUUUAUUUCCCCUGGAAGUACAUCUGUAUCUCUCCUGUAUUGACCUUUGACUUGUAACGGCCUGCAUCUGCCCCCAAGCUACUCCCUGAUACCUACAAUCACCCCUAACUCCUCCCUUUCUCACCUUGCCCACCUGCAUCUUACCAACAACACAAGUACAGGAACAUUAAAGACUACUGCGUAAUAUAACGCCUCUCCAGAAAUUACCCAAGAUUUGCAGCAACAGCCAACCAGUAAUCCCAAAACUAUUUAUGGUAUGACUUACUAAAAUCAACCACCUCCAAUCAGCUUUCAGCUCACUGAACCACGCUGGAAACAGAGACAGAUGAUUGGUCAAGAGGGAUUCAGAGACAGGCAGCUAUUGGUCGGAGUGAGUGACACAGUCAACUAGCCGCUCAUUGGUGAGUUAAAUGUAGAGAGCGAGAGACUGACAGUUGAUUGGUUGGUUCAGGGUGAUUUUACCUCAGCCAGCUGUUAAGUGAGGAGACGUUGUUGAAUGUACGUGGAAAAAAACAAGAUCAGUCUUGAAUGCAUUGGCCUGUAAAUACAGUGAAGUUUGAUCAGGAGGUGUGCAGACUCAGGAUGCAUCCCAAAUGGCACCCUACGCCCUCCCUUUAUAAUGCACUACUUUUGACUAGAGCCCUAUGGUUCUUUGUCAAAAGUAGUGUACUAUAUAGGGAAUAGGGUGCCAUUUGGGGUACAGAUGUAGUCAAAUUCAUGGGGGAUGGCCAGUAAAUCAGGUGUAGUGGAGUAAAGAGAAACUCUUGAUUUGGCAUCAGAGGAUGAACAGGGAUUGUAAUUGUUCCACGUUAGAAGCAAGUUUCCAGACAGCCUUAUGGACAUAGAUUGGCUGUGUUUGAGCGCAUCAAAUAUGUGAUGCAUUGUGGGUAAGUUGGAACUGACUGAUUGAUCUACAAAUAAUAAUGAGUAGUUAUUUAUGAUGCAAGGUGAUUUGUAGAUCAGUCAGUCGGCUGCACUGUCGAUCAAACCCAAACUCUCCUGUAGAGAAAAUGGACAGGUAAAGAGUCUCAGUUCUAUUUCAGCUUUUGUAAAAACCUAUCUCCUCUCAGGUCUGUGAACACCAAAUGGGUAAGGGCGUAGGGGAAAGUAACCGUGCCGAAAUGUAACUGUGCCAAAUAGUGGAAGGAGAGAGAGAGAGCCAGGCAUAUCCUCGAGCUGUGAGCUGAUUGGUUCAUAACUGAUUCACCAACCACCCACUGCUCUAAUUCGCUGUUCCCAGACUGACAGUUGGACAGUGAGGUUUGUGCUUGGUCGCCUGUUUUGAGUGACAGCUGUCAUUGAGGAUUCUGUAACUCUCCAGACAUGCCCAAGGCCCCUUCCCCUCUUGUUCAGUAUGUAACUCAUAUCUCUUUAUCUGUGGGGAUUAAAUAUUAAACCUAGUGUGCGCUGAAAACCAGA